GAAGAGCACAGCUGUUAAACUCUGUAUCGAGAUGUGCUGAUUUUAAUGUAUUGUUGCCCGUGAAAACCUUUCGCAUUAUCUCACACAGCGUUGCGUGCCAAGACGCCGCUUUUUUUCGGGAUGUGUACGUCUUAAAAAAGACCAUUAUUCAAUGAGAGACGCCGUGAGAGUAUCUCGAUGAGAGACAAAUAGACACGAUGAAUUAUUGCCCAGAGGAACCGUAGAGAUUCAGUGUCCUCCGGACUGUUGCCUAGUGAUCACGGGCUUUCCUCAUGGCGAACGAGAACGGCGAUUUCCAUGUAUCUUCUGAGAUCUACACCGAGACGAACUUCCGGAGCCAAACUGGAGUGAAUGGACAUUCCAUCUCCAAAUUUACUUUUCUGUGGCCCGAAGAGAGUGCCAAGGCGCACUCGAAGAAAGACAAGGAUGGAGAUUUGGUCGUAGUGCGUCGGAGGAAAUCUUGUCUGGAGCUUGAACACUCUCAGUCGACCAAUUUGAAGCUGGUGGGGCUUCAGGUGUGGCGAGGAGCGCUCUUGUUGGCCGAUUACAUCCUUCACCAGCGCGAUUAUUUCCGCAAGAAAACUGUGCUGGAGGUGGGCAGUGGCUGUGGACUCACCAGCAUCGUGGCGAGCACCUAUGCCAAGCGAGUCAUCUGCACAGACAUCAGUGAAGGUGGAAUUCUCAGUGUCAUCAGUCGGAAUGUCCAGCGAAAUGUGCGGAAGAAUAUACAAGUGCUGGAGCUAGAUUUCCUCCAACCAGAAGUGUGGAAAGAGACACUGAAGUCUGACCAAGACGCUGGGAUUGAUUACGUUCUCGCUGCGGAUGUAAUUUACGACGAUGACAUCACGGAUGCCUUCAUUGCGACGCUGGAUCAUCUUUUGAGCCACUCCAACUAUCCCAUGAAAGUGCUGAUAGCCCUGGAGAAGAGGUACGUCUUCACUGUGACGGAUCUGGACACCACGGCGCCCUGUUUUGAGCACUUCUUGAAGCACUUUGAGGAACUGAGAUACUCUCGAGGCUGGCGAAUGGAGUACAUUCCAAUGCGCACAAUUCCACAGUAUUUCACGUACGAGCGCGUGCCUCAGCUGAUCCUCAUCCAGAUCACGAAGGUUCCCAUCUAGAACGGCGGAGAAGCCAAGGUAAAGAACGUGAACAAUAAAAGACAUCUUUAAAGGGUUUAAA